AUGAGGCUUGAUCCAGUGCAUUUCUCCAUGCUGGUCAUCGGGGUCUCCUUCGCCUGUUACGCCCCGAGUCUCAACUCCCUCCAGGACCAGGCGUACAGAUCAGCCGUGGUCAUCGAGGGCGAGGUGCGCUCCUCCCCGGAGAACGUCUCCUCCCGGGAGCCCUACAGCGUGAAUGUCAAGGUGCUGGAUGUGUGGCCCGUCAACAGCGGCGGCCUCGAGAGGGAGCAGCUCGUGACCGUCGGGGACUUCGGUUCCGAGGCCCCGUGCACCACGGUGGAGAAGGACCACAGAUAUAUCUUUUUCAUGGACCCCACCGCCGAGCCCUUGGUAUUCAAGGCAUCGUACGCCCCCGUGGACGCCAGCGAGCCGGAGUCGAAGAAGGAUGUUGAGAGAGUGUUGUGCGAGGACUGCGCCUCUGCUCCUAAGUUGCGGAUGAUUAGCAGCCAAUCUCUGAUGGAAGGGAAGAAGCUGUACUUGAAGUGUGAAGCGUCGGGGAAUCCCAGCCCUUCCUUCCGCUGGUACAAAGAUGGACACGAGCUUCAGAAAGGCAGAGACCUCAAAAUAAAAACCAACAAAAAAAACUCAAAGGUGCAGAUCAGUCGUGUCCGUGUGGAAGAUUCUGGCAACUACACUUGUGUGGCUGAAAACUCAGUAGGACAAGAAAACGCCACGAGUAUAAUCAGCGUGCAGAUCUUGACCACCACAACCCUGUCUCCAGGUGUGAGUCAUGCACGGCACUGCAAUGACUCUGAGAAGUCCUACUGCGUCAACGGAGGAGACUGUUACUUCAUACAUGGUAUUAACCAGCUGUCCUGCAAGUGUCCCAAUGACUAUACGGGGGACCGCUGUCAAAACUCCGUCAUGGCCAAUUUCUACAAGGCUGAGGAGCUCUACCAGAGGCGGGUGCUGACGAUCACAGGCAUCUGUGUGGCGUUGUUAGUGGUUGGCAUCGUUUGUGUGGUGGCCUACUGCAAAACAAAGAAGCAGAGGAAGAAGAUGCAGAGUCACCUACACCAAAACCAGAAUCAGUGUGUGGAGCAGCCAAACCGCAUGUUGGCUAAUGGGCCAAAUCAUCCUGGCCCUGGUCCUGAGGAGAUCCCCAUGGUUGACUACAUCUCCAAGAGCGUCCCUACGACCGAGUGCGUGAUCAGCCACGGAGCAGAGGGUGCAGGCAACUAUGCAGGCAGUCGAAUGUCGACCCGCUCCCACCACUCUACCACUGCCUCACAUGCCUCCAGACACGAGGAGCACACGUGGAGCAUGGAGCGAACAGAGAGUAUGAACUCAGACUGCCAGUCAGGUGGGCUCUCCAGCUCUGUGGGAACCAGUAAGUGCAGCAGCCCAGCAUGCAUGGCGAGGAGGGCCGCCCACUGGGGGUGUACGGAUGCGUCGGGACCGGGAAUGCAGUACGGGGACUCCUACGAUUCUUUAAGAGACUCACCUCACAGUGACAGGUAUGUGUCUGCACUGACCACGCCAGCACGCCUGUCUCCAGUGGAGUUCCACUACCCCCCGCUGCCACCCCAGGUCCCCACUUUUCAGAUCACCUCGCCCAACACAAGCCACGCCCUCUCUCUUCCUCCUGCUGCUGCCGCCUACCACAGAGACGAUGACCAACCGCUGUUACGGUGCCCCGAUGAUGGAAGUUUAUACAGGCAGCCCCGACGUCCACGACGACCCUACCUGACGGAGAGCACAGGAAGUCUACCGUCCAGCCCCUACCGGCUCCCUGAUGAUGAGGCUUAUGAGACGACGCAGGAGUACGCCUCUUCACGGGAACCCAUCAGAAGCCGGCGUCGCCCACGACGCAACCGACUCAACGGACAUAUCUCCCAGCGCUCGGCGGGUUUACGGGACUACAGCUCACAGAGCUUCAGCCAGUCAGAAGAGGAGGAGGAGGACGAGGAGGAAGAGGAUGCUCAUGGGGAGAGCACGCCUUUCCUCAGUAUGCAGAACAUGAACAUGGACCCGCCUCUAAAUGUCCCGGGUUUCCGUUCGUCAUCCGGUGCAGACACACGGACUCACCGCGGGCUGAGUCGGCCAGGGACGCGCAGCAACGGGCAGAGCCGCGGCUCCCAGUCGCAGCGCUCCAAGGCUGACAACAUGCCCCUUUAAGACUUAACCUCCCUCCGACGCCCACCAUUACACCCCCGCCACCUCCCGCCCUCUCCACCUCACACACUCCCCUUCCUCUUACACACAACCCGUGGACUAGAGACCUGCACCUAGGAGAAAUAUUUUUAUUUUGUAUAACAGACAGAUAUUCUAAACAAAUGAAAUAUUUAUUUUCAUUUCAGCAAAAAUUGUCUACUAGCUAACAGCAAAGACUUUUUUUAUAACGGGGGGAGGGGAUAUUUAUAUGUAAAGUUUUUUGAUUUACAGCAUUAUGAGAGAUGAAAAAAAUAAGAGAAUUACGUGCCAAUUUUUUCACAAGUUAGAUAAAUAGAAUAAUAUUGUGGUGCCUUUUGCUGUAUGCUGAAGUCGGAGGUCCCAUUGAGUUUUUGUAGCCUUUCUUAUAAAGACUCCUCGUUUUUAUAGAG